GCUUGGGUCUCUUUCUGGUUUGAUAGCUGGAUUCCUGAAGUGGUUCUUGCUGAGAAAUUCCCGAGAGUUGCUGCUGCCUCUAGCUCUCCGAACGCCAGGGUCUCGCACGCCGCGUCCCUCUCAGGUACUUGGUGGAUGGCAAGUUCAGCGGAGCUUCGGAUUUCCCGGAUGAGUCUGUGUGGAGGCAGAUUGUGCCGACUAAGA